UUUGCGCUCAGCUUCACAGCGGGGCGAGCGCAGGCAGCAGGCGCCGCAAGGACUCAGCCCCCCGGACGCUGGGUGGGCUGCGCCCCGCGGCUCGCAGACCUUCCCGGGUUGGAGAGGUGCGCCCAUCCGCACCUGUCCCCGAGGCUGGCAUCUCCAGGCCAGGACGGACUGGGUCUCCGGAGCCACCAUCUGCACCUGUGGACGCCCAGCGCCCAGUGAGAGAAUCCCUGGACAAAGACGAAUCUUCAAAAACCGAAAAUGAAGUUCACUCUUACACGCCGGCUCUUGCUACUCUUCGUUCUCAUCUGCACCCCAACUCCGAUUCUUCCUUCCUCUGCAAAUCUCACCUACCCAAGAAUUGAUCCUGAGCCCUUUCUGUAUACCGUCGGACGGAAGAGGUUGGUGGAUGCCCAGUACGAAUGCUAUGACCGCAUGCAACAGUUACCUCCUUACGAAGGAGAAGGUCCCUACUGCAACCGCACUUGGGAUGGAUGGAUGUGCUGGGAUGAUACUCCGGCUGGAGUAGUCUCCGUUCAGUUAUGCCCCAGCUACUUUCCAGACUUUGAUUCAACAGAAAAGGUUACAAAAUACUGUGAUGAAAACGGGGUUUGGUUUAAACAUCCUGACAACAAUCAAACCUGGACCAACUACACCUUGUGCAAUGCUUUUACUGCUGAGAAGCUGCAGAAUGCAUAUGUUCUGUACUAUCUGGCUAUUGUGGGUCACUCUCUGUCGAUUUUCGUCCUGGUGAUUUCGCUGGGAAUUUUCGUGUUUUUCAGGAGUCUUGGCUGCCAGCGCGUGACCCUACACAAGCACAUGUUCCUCACCUACAUUCUGAACUCUAUCAUUAUCAUCGUCCACCUGGUUGAAGUAGUGCCCAACGGACAGCUGGUGCUCAGGGACCCGGUGAGCUGCAAAAUUCUGCACUUCUUCCACCAGUACAUGAUGGCCUGCAAUUAUUUCUGGAUGCUCUGUGAAGGGAUCUAUCUCCAUACUCUCAUUGUGGUGGCUGUGUUUACCGAGGAGCAACGCCUGCUUUGGUAUUAUCUCCUGGGCUGGGGGUUCCCACUGGUGCCGACCAUUAUCCAUGCUAUUACUCGGGUGUUGUACUUCAAUGACAACUGCUGGAUGAGUGUGGAUACCCACCUGCUGUACAUCAUCCACGGCCCUGUCAUGGCGGCACUGGUGGUGAAUUUCUUCUUUCUGCUCAACAUCGUCCGCGUGCUGGUGACUAAGAUGAGGGAAACACACGAGGCGGAAUCCUACAUGUACCUGAAGGCUGUGAAGGCCACCUUGUUCCUGGUGCCCCUGCUGGGGAUCCAGUUUGUCGUCUUUCCCUGGAGGCCCUCCAACAAAGUGCUUGGGAAGAUCUACGACUACUUCAUGCACUCUCUGAUUCACUUCCAGGGGUUCUUCGUUGCGACUAUCUACUGCUUCUGCAACCACGAGGUCAAAGCCACCCUGAGGCGCCAAUGGAACCAGUACAAAAUCCAAUGGAACCAGCGCUGGGGGCCCCGCCCCUCCCACCGUCCGGCUGCUCCUCGAAUUGCAGCCCCCGUUGAGGUUGCCGGUGAUAACCUCCCAGUGUGCAUCUGCCACCAGCCCCCGAGGAAUGAUCCACCCAACAACCAAGGCGAAGAGGGUGUUGAGAUGAUCGCUAUGAAUAUCAUCGAGCAAGAGUCAUCUGCUUGAAUGUGAAAUAUACGCAGCAUUGUGAUUACUGAGCCUUCAUUUCCUGGGAGAAAAAAUAGAUCAUGUAUUUAAAGUGAUUCCCAUCCUCCCAGGAGCUGAGCAUAUCAUUUGUGAAGACUUAUUAAGUGAAUUUGUCCACAGUGAUUCUGGAGAAAGUUAUUCUUGGUACUAUUGCUUUGGGAGACAGUCUAGGAAUGGAGUCUCCCACUGCAACUUGUGAUCUCCAUCAUUCACCCAAAACUGAGAUGCAGAUGUCUUAGUAACGCAAGCAUAGUGUCCAAGAAAAACACAAUUAAAUUGACCUAGUUCAGAUACGGGGUGCUCCUUGUAAAUCUUGAGCCAUUUAUACCUUUGAAAAAUUAAAACCACUGUCAAUAUUUUUCUUUUUAA